GUUAAUCCUAAGGGUAUAGCCUUCUACUCCAAUUUCAUCAAUGCACUGCUGGAACAUGACAUAAUCCCAUUUGUUACUCUAUACCACUGGGACCUUCCCCAGGCCCUGCAUGACAGAUAUGGCGGGUGGUUAAACAAGGACGAGAUUGUUCAGGACUAUGUCCGCUAUGCUAAGGCGAGUUGUCCUGUCUGCUUCCAGGCUUUCGGAGACCGAGUCAAGCACUGGUGUGUACUCCACAGUAAU